CCUUUCAGGACAUUUGAUCUAUAAGCAGAUCGUCAGUAUUUAUACAAAGUUUCAAGUAACAAAUCUCUUGGUGAAACAAUUAUCCACAAUGGUAUCUAAGAAACCUGUUGCUCUUGUUGUAGGCGCAUCUAGAGGCAUCGGCCGUCAAGUCGCCGUUGACCUCGCCCGCAAUGGCUACGCUGUUGUUGUUGCUGCAAAGACUAUCAGUGAUCUUUCCAAUCUACCAGAGCCCUUUCCUCCAAAUCCCAACUCUUCCGCUUCUACCAUCACAACAGUUGCUCGCGAGAUUACUUCUGAGGGAGGCGAUGCUACUGCUAUUCAGGUCGACGUCCGCUAUCCUGAGAGUAUAGAUGCUCUUGUAUCGAAUACUAUCUCCACUUAUGGCCGUCUAGAUGUUCUCAUCUACAACUCAGGCGCCAUCUUCUGGGCUCCUGUCUCGUCGACUCCCGUAAAGCGCUUCCAGCUCAUGCAGCGCGUCAAUCCAGAAGGACUCUACGCAACGGUUCAAGCUGUUCUUCCUCAUAUUUCUUCUUCAGGCCGAAUAGUUGUUGUCAGCCCACCUAUCUAUAGUCGUUUCUUCCGCGGCAAGACUGCAUAUGCUAUGGGCAAGGUUGGUAUGAGUGUUCUUACAAAGGGUCUUGCCAUGGACUUUGAGCGCGAGGGGAAGAAGGAUAUGGCUAUCACAUCUAUUUGGCCAGCUGUGGCUAUCGAGUCGGCGGCUACAGAGAAAUUCACAGCCAAAAACCCAGAGGAAGCCAACGAUUUACGAAAGGCAACCAUCUUCUCCGACGCUAUCCUCGAGAUUCUCAAAGCUUAUCCAAGCGUCGUGAACGGCGAGCUCCUCCUGGAUGAAGACUUCCUUCGCGAACAUGCAGGAAUAACCGACUUUUCCAAAUACAAUGUUAUUUCAGGUGCCUCACCACGGAGGAUCAUGCCCCAAAGUCUCCCAGACUUGACCGUAGCAGAGCAAGCAGACGAGGGCAAACGGUACGACAGCACAAAGGAUAAAUCCAAGCUAUAAAAUUAUUGAAGAUCGCUAUUGUUUCAAUAUAUGUAGGAAAAAAGAGACCGUUGUACAGGUAGCUAAUAACACGGAAAAAAUGAACCUGCGCAGCCAUGAUAUCCUCUAGAACACACAUCUAAUACCUCCUUGGCCAUGGAAGCUGCGUUCACCAAACUCCUAGACAUGAUUACAAACGUACACCCGACUCUUUGAAACCCCUCCUUUCCAUUCCUUUCCUUUCCUUUCCCUGCCAUUUUACAAAAACACAUAUCUCCCGAGAUUUUAUGGUGCGCCAGCCAUCAAUAGGGGAUUUGGCUACCUGGUCCCACUCCUUGCAUGCCAUCAAUGUCCUCCAUUACACUGUUGAACACGUGCAUGAUUUGGUCAACGACUCUGCUGCGGUUCCACUCAUUUCUUGUGCGCCAUAUAGCGUCCAUGAGCUCACGGUUGAUUUGUUCAAGCUGCUCAAUAGUACAGCCGCUUGUCGCGUCCGUUAGGUUCUGAAGGAAUGCAUCUAUCUCGCCUCCAGCGAAAGGUUGAGAAGCGGAAGUGGAUGAACCUGAGUUUCGAACCGACUGGUAUUCAUCAGAAGUCUGAUCAUUGAGGAUGUUGGCCAUUCCGCCCACACUCUGAGCCUUGAAACCGGAUGAUCGCUGCGAAGGUGGACUACCAGAGAUGCCCGAUCCUUGCAUAAGGUUACCCCCUGCCGCAGCAGCCUGAGCUUGAGAGUGCAACCAAGAGUCUUCUCCAGAAGUGUUGUGCCCGGCUACGAGUAGCGUGUCUGGGAUGUCGACCUGGCUAUCAUCCUCAACACCUCGGUUCUCAGCGUGGCCACCAUUUGUCAUUUGACUAAAGUUUGACGAAUGGUGAGUUGAUGGAUCUGAGGUUUUGGUUGUUGAAGCCUCGUUGAUAACAGCUGAUGGUGAAACUCCUGGAGGGAGAGUAGUCACUACUGACUUCUGUGAGAUCUGGGUCAUGCCAGUAUGAGCCACGCUGGGGUCAUGAGACUUUGGUGGAGGCCCCAUGUCAGACAUAGCCUGCGUAUCAUCGUGGACACCACUCAUCUGGACAUCUUCUCCCAAUGGGUGAGUGAGGCCAUUACUCAAGGGGUGUGAUGAAUCCUGACCAGAGGUGCCAUGACCAUUCGAGAGUGGGCUUCUAACUUGGAACCUGGCAGUUGUCCUCGAUCCUGGCACGGCUUCUCCCAGAGUAACAGGGCCUUGAGAGUCGCUAUCAUUACCACCCAGAUCAGAUUGCACACGGUCUACGACAGACUGCAUAGCUUUUCGCUUUCUCUCUUUCUCAGUAGCAUCCUUGGCGCGCUGAACUUGGCGUCUAUACAGCGCCUCCCAGUCAACUUGAGAGGUUUGGUUUUCGAUACUAGCGACAUCAACCUCGACGUUGCUGAGGAGUUCAUUGGCCUUGAGAGUUCGCUCCUUAUCUCCAAUAUUUUUGGCGUCUUUUGCAAGAGCCUUAAUAUCGAAGAGAAAGUCCUUUGGGCGGGCAUAGAAACCGUUUGACAAGCGCUCCUCGAUGGUGGUUGUCUCAAGGUUAUAAUAACACUUCCCAGAUGUGGUAUCUUUGAGAACGUCGUUGUCGUACUUGUCCUUGACGAUCUCAUAUGGUCGACGUUGUCCAGCUUCAAGGUCCGGACGCACAUAAUUGGGGUCCGACUCGGCGAAGAGAUAGUCGAUCUGAGUUUGAGGGAUGACAGGCUGCCUGAACUUCUUGUACUUUCGAUUGAUCUGAUCCAUAAUGGGUUGAAGCUGGAUCUUGAGAGCAUUGAGAAGCUGGUGAUCUUUCUUCUGUGCAGCCUUCAUAUCAGCCUUGGUAGGAGGCGGUGGUUCAAUUGGAGGAGCCACGGGAAGCUCCUCGAGGACCCUCUUCUUCCGAUUUUCAGGGUCGGGGAACUCGCGGGGUUUCUUCUUAACAUAUUGCAACGUUGUGCUGAAAUAUUCCAUUCGAGAAUGCUACAAAAGUUAGCACAGGAGCCCCAUUUCACAAAUGUCUUACUUACCAGAUCAGGUUUCUCAAUUUUCAUUUGGUUCUUCUUUGCGAAUCCAAAAAAGUCGCGGAAGAGUUCACUGGGAAGCUCUUCUCUAUCACCCUCUGCUGUCGCGAGAAGAAGAACUGGAUCAGUAGGAGGAAUAGAUCGUAACAUAGUCUUGAAAGUUGUAAGAGCAAGAGUGUUGUGUAGUGCCAUAUACCAAGCUUCGAUGUUAGGGAUAUAAAUAACGCUAGGUUUGUGUCGCCUGACUUCCGUAAAGAGACCGACAAUGACCUGCUCCAUAGCCUGCCGACGUUAGUCUGUAGUUUCCCUUGUGAGUGCACAAACUUACUCUUCCAUCACCCAAGAUGCUGGGAAGAUCAAAAUUCUGAACAUGAACCCCCUCGAAAUGGUGAAGAAUGGCAGAAGCAAUGUAACUCUGUCCCAUACCGCUAACACCAUAUAUGAUGAAGCGAGGGCGGAACACUCUGGAUCGUUCAAACUCUUGGUGCAUGGUUUCUCUACCAAAGCCAUGAUCAUCGUCAUCGAACUGCUCGUACAUGGCUUCUUGAAGAGCUGUCAUCUUCUUCCUGCGAGGCAACAGGUCAUCAAGGGCAUUCUUGGCUUCGUUAAACUGUUUGCGUAGUAGCGGCUCUAUCGAUUUGGGAAGUGGUUUAGCGCCAGAUGUCGCUGAUCGUUCAGAGGAGGGAAUAAGCUUCUUAAUAGACAGCAUAAAGUCAGUGGCAUGAACGCCAAUCUUCUCGGGGUCGACCACAAGCUUUUCCUUGGAGGCGUAAAUUUGGGGAUAGGUUCGCUGAAUGGCAUUGAGAGCUGCUUCAGUACAGAGAGCUCGUAAAUCAGCACCACCAUAGCCCUUUGUGUUCUCGGCUAGGGAAUCUUUGAACUUCUCUGAUAGUCCCCAGUCUGCUGUGUGAAUGUUGAGAAUUGACUUUCGCCCUUCGAUAUCAGGCAACGGAAAGUAAAACUCUCGGUCGAAUCGACCAGGUCGACGAAGAGCAGGGUCGAUAUUGUCAGGUCGAUUGGUGGCUCCAAUAACAAUGACUUGACCACGACCGUCCAUGCCAUCCAUCAAUGCCAACAGGGUUGAGACAAUGGAAGCAUGGAUCUGUUCCUGCUUGCUGGAACGAACCGGCGCAAGACCGUCAAUCUCAUCGAAGAAAAUGAUACUGGGCUGAGUUCUGCGCGCUUCCUCGAAGAGCAAUCGAAGCUGUUUCUCGGCUUCACCCACCCACUUGCUCAGGGCAUCGGCACCCUUACGCAUGUAGAAUGAGAUCUUACGACCGCCGGAGCCAACUGAGUUGGCCAGAGCACGAGCAAGCAGCGUUUUACCUGUUCCAGGAGGACCAUGGAACAAAACACCACGAGGUGGAGUGACGUGGAAUCGUGUGAAGAGCUCGGGGUAGAGCAAAGGAAGCUGCACCAUUUCCUUCAACUGGUCGAUAUGUCCCUGAAGACCACCAACCUUGCUGAAGUCAACGUUCAGGUCAACACCAAGAGGGUCAGCAUCCGCAAGGGCUUUGCGGUCCUUGAUCUUGCCAACGUUGGGAGCGCCAGCAUCGGGGUUUAGGCCAGGGACACCGGGAAGAAGCCCACCGUGAGUCGCAGCUGUCGGUGUCAUACCGACAUUACCAGCUACACUAGAGCGAUGCACCAUCUCAUCGUCGCUGCUGUCUGAAUCGACCCCGCCAGCUGCGCCAGUACCCCAAGGCCCAUUAAGAAGGGAUCCAGCUCCACCGCCGCCCCCAAAAGGUCCAAAUGUGGUGUUGAGGCUGCGUUCCCAGCCUUGACUGGCACCGCCACGUCCUCGGCGCGAGCGCGAUUGUGCAGCAGGAGCCUCAACUUCUUCCUCUUCAAUAUUAGCCGAGGUGAGAGGAGGCAUGUAAUAAUUCACGCGUGUUCUCGCUCGCCGAGUGCUUUCCUGGUACACAAUGGGUGAUUCUUUCCUCGGGCGACGGCGACGAGAGCGCGAGUCCUGCCUAAGUUCUCGUGCCUCUUCAUUCAGCUCGUCCAAGUCAAAUUCGGGUUCAUCGUCUCCAGAGUCCCCACCACGGCGAGAUCUGGCGGGUUGGGAACGUCGGCCGCGGGGAACCGGGCUAUCAACGUCGUCGUCAUCUUGAGGUAGGGGCUUUUCUGCACCGGAGCCCUCUGCAUCGUCAGAUUCGUCGCCUGGUUCGAAGUCACUGCUGACUUCUUGAGACUUUUUGCUCGAUUUGCGGGUUAGUCGGCGCGGCUUUCUAGGUCCAGCAUCCGACUCAGCUUCUUCCGGUACUGCAGAGGCGUUGGCGCGGGAGCCACGGGUUCGGCGAGUGACAGGCACAUCAUCCUCAUCAUCCUCCUCCUCUACCGUCUGCACAGGCGCAUCUUCUCCAGGUGCAUCCUGAUCAGCAGCAUCUAGCAUUUCUUGAUCAGCCACUUCUUUCUUUUCAAUCUCUUCAGGAUCUUGAGAUAAUUCGUCGGGCUGGUCGGCUUCUCUGACUUCCUUAAAGCUGCUUUCCUGUGUAGCCUCUUGAAUCGUCUCGGGGGCAUUCUUGAGGCCCUUAAACCCACGGGUAGCUCUCGUGCUCCGAGCGAAUGUCUCGGGGCUUCUGCUUCGCGAAUCGCGUGACGGGACGGCGUGUUUCCCAGAAUUGGAAAGUUCGAGGAACUCUUCAGCUUCCUCUGUAUGAGCUCGAGUAGUCCUACGAGG